GGCAUCUUCACAUUACCGUAAAUUUUUAUAACUUAACCCGAAUCAGCGCAGAAUCUAGAUGAGAUUGAGGAAAUUCAUAUAAUUAAUCACCUGAUGUGACACAUGAAUACUGAAGCACGUAAGACCUCGUUAACAUUCGCUAAAUGGGCAUGCUUUGCAAAGUUUCAUACGCAAUCAUAAUAUUCAGCAUGAUCCACGGAUCAACCCUCGAGAAUACUUGCUUUUUAUUCCGAAAAUUUCGCAUGGGGACUCAGUACAAGGUCUUACUUUUGGUCUCCGCGUUUCCUCCGGCCAUUUAUUGGCUCGCAGAUAAAUUCUCUCAUAGAGCACAGAGUAAGUGAAAAGAUAAUGGACGGAAAACCGCCGGUGUCAUUUAUGCUGGCAACGAUUAUCCUGCUGCUCGCAGUCGUGACGUCGACCACGGGGAAAACGACCUCGUUCCCGUGCUUCUCGUGCGACGAUGAGUAUGAGUGCGGAGCGAAUCUCGGUGUCAUUUUUUGCCACGCGCCGAUGUACGAUUCGUGCUCUACUUACUACAGCAGCCAAAGCAAAAGGGACGUAGUGAGGAAAGGAUGUAGCAAGGGCUUUGGGUGUUUCACUGUGCCAAACGACGGGGAAUCCCCGGAAGAUCCCGAAAACCUUUUCCGAUGCAACUGCGUAGGUCCUUUGUGCAAUGGGAACUUCAAACGCUACAGACGAACUAAAAUCGAGGACCAAUUCGACCAGCCUCCAUCAUCAUCAGCGAUGUAUCCUGAAAACGAUAUGGUGGUGUUGCCACGUUAUACAUGACUUGACCAUUUUUACUCAGCAUCUUAUUUUUCUGUUCCCUUUUUUUUUUCUUCUUCGUGCAAUUUCGGCUUAAUCUCUAUAACGUUGAUUAUUCCGCAGUAUCCCGGCACAUUAGCGAUUGCAAGUUCUGCAACGUUGCUCAAGCGUUGAUUCCUCAUUCGGGAUAGUGCCUUUUAUCCCGCUCUCGCAUUUGGCGUAUUUGGGCUAACGAAUGGAUGGUUUAUUCAGUGGCUAAAAGGGUAAAA